UGGCCGCCAUGUUUGGUUUAUGACACUUAGACGGGGAUUUUGUCGUACCAAAGAGUAAAUUGCAAGUUUUUUUCGGCACAACUUGGUUCCUCUACUCGUCGCAAGAUGGCGUUGGCAUUAUUAAAAUAAACAAGAAUGACGUGCAUUUGCGUCGGUGUAGACCCAUCAUGAAAACGUAGAUAUGAUAAUUUUAUAUUUAAAAAAAGCUAACGUGACAUAAAUUUGACAAAUGUCUAAAAGAAAUAUAGUAUCUUCUGUGUAAUAUCUUCUUCCGUGCACGUGUGAUUUAUUGUUUAGUCAAUUUAAAUAUCACUCUAAGUAAGAACUGUUAGACAAAACACUCGUAGCAUAAUUGUAUAUUUCAAUAUAUCACAGCCAUACAUUUUUAUAUUCUUUCAGGUGAUUCAGCUUACCCACAGAGGCAAACACUACUGAUGGAUGCACUGACUUUUGGAUGCACCUGUAGGAUCUCCAGAAGCUCGUUAUACCGCUUUACAAGUUCGAGCCCGCAACUGUAUAGAGCGGUGUUUUGGGCGACUAAAAAUCAGUUGGUAGUGUUUGUCGUCAAUGGAGAAACUGCACUACAAGCCAGCAGCGGCAGCUAAGAUCGUUAAAACGUGUUGUGUGCUUGACAAUAUAGCUAACAAAGCGAAUUGUGAACUGCCUCCGCUGAACCGACACGAAGAACAGGAGCAGCAGCAGGAGCAGAGAUUAGCGGCGGAGUUUGACGCCCGUCAGCAGAAUGCUGAUAUUUAUUUGGCAAUGGCUCCUGACAGGUGUUGGCUAAACAAAGAGCUGCAGCUGGGUCGCGCUGCUCGUCAAGCGCUUGUCCGGCAGUUAGCAAAUUAUGAAUGCGGAGCACCUUGCUACUACUAAAAUGGAGAACCCGGACCUGUUAGCGACAUGGAACUGACCAGGACCGUCGUGGGCUCCUCAUGUGCCACCCCCGGAUACCUUUUCUGAUUGUGGUGUUUACAGUACAGUAGUGUACAUAUUCAUGAAAAAAAAAUUGUAGGUACUUUUUUUACAUUUUUAAAAAACGCACUCUGAAUGGUUUUGGAGUUUCGACUUCGUGCUAGAUAAAAACCCCCAGGCAAGAGCAAACAAUUUUUUUUCCUAGCCUAUAUUUGUGACCCACUGCAAAGGCCUCUCUUUUCUUCCGCCACCCAUCACGUUUUGCCGCCUGCUUCGGCUAGCCGCAGCAAAAUACGUCGAGGUCAUCUCGCCUCGUUUUUUUUGGUCUACCUCUGCCCCGACUAGUCGGGUGGUGUCCAGUUAGCAAACUAUACACCCUGUUUCUAUUUUAAAUUAUAUGUGUUGUAUUCUUUUCUUGUACAAUAAAGUGUUUACUUACUUACUUUUUUGAAUUCCGUUAACUUUAAGGGAAGGUUCUUUAGAUUAAAUACGAUUAAUUUCUCAAAAAAGCUAGCGUCUUGACUGUUACGUUUACCGAGUUUGAAAAAAUAAUAGUUAUUUGUUUUACAAGGGGGCAAAGUAGUUGUUUAACUGGACGUGCCAAUAUUGAUACCUGAGCAAGGGAAAGAUUUCAAUAUUGAACCGCGAGCGUAGCGAGUGG